GCGGUUCGGGCGGAGAUCACACAGGGCCCUGAGGAGCGGGAAGCGGGGGAAGUGAGGACGUGGCCGGUGCCGGCGACGCUUUUGAGACUUUAAGAUCUUGCUCAUCGAAGGAGCACGGUGGGGAGCGAGGGCGGCGGCUGGAGAAGGACGUGGGCAGGCGGGGGCACUUUCGGGAAGUGGAUUAAUUGCAGGGAGCGCCGAGGGAGAAAAGGGCCUUCGGGAGCCAAGGGUGGGGACUCUUUUUUCCCCUGGGAGGGGAGGCAGGUUCAAAGGCCGGUGGCAGAACUGUGAAGGAGCUGCCCCUGCAGGGAGGCUACUGCUGCCUCUGUGGGGUCAGAGGCUGCUGGGACUGGGGGCGGCUGGGCUGGAGGCUGAGAAUGGCCUGUGUGAGCUCCAGGACUCCUAGGACCGAGGCCCCCACUGCUCCAGGGGGGGCUUCACGAGUGUCUCUAGACACAUAUAGGCCUCCAUAUCUGGUGGGUACAGUAGGCCCCCAGACCAGACUUGGCAGGGCUGCACCUUCCCCCGCCCACUCCAGUCUUCCUCCAGUAGGUGGCCAAGGUGAGCUGGGCUUCUGCACGGCCCGAAGUUCACGGACCCAGCCUCGCCUCUGGCCAGGAUGAAUUGGCAGGAGGUGUCCAAAGUGGGAGCUGGGAGCCGGAACUCUGGCGUCUGGUGUGCUGACCCAAGCAGCCUCUGGCGGGGUCUGAGCUGAUGAAGAGGGCUCCGGUCCUGGGGCAGCUCCCACGGAACGCUGACCACCAGAGGAGAUCAAGAGCAGAGGCAUCUUCGGCCCUCCGUGGGUUCUCAGGGCUUUGCAGAGACAUGCUGCUGCUCAAGAAACAGACGGAAGACAUCAGCAGCGUCUAUGAGAUCCGGGAGAAGCUCGGCUCGGGCGCCUUCUCUGAGGUGAUGCUGGCCCAGGAGCGGGGCUCCUCACACCUUGUUGCCCUCAAGUGCAUCCCCAAGAAGGCCCUUCGAGGCAAGGAGGCCCUGGUAGAGAACGAGAUCGCAGUUCUCCGCAGGGUCAGCCACCCCAACAUCGUGGCUCUGGAGGAUGUCCACGAGAGCCCUUCCCACCUCUACCUGGCCAUGGAGCUGGUGACAGGCGGCGAGCUGUUUGACCGCAUCAUGGAGCGUGGCUCCUACACAGAGAAAGACGCCAGCCACUUGGUGGGCCAGGUCCUCGGGGCCGUCUCCUACCUGCACAGCCUGGGCAUCGUGCAUCGAGACCUCAAGCCUGAAAACCUCCUCUAUGCCACGCCCUUUGAGGACUCCAAAAUCAUGGUCUCCGACUUCGGCCUCUCCAAAAUCCAGGCUGGCAACAUGCUGGGCACUGCCUGUGGGACCCCGGGAUAUGUGGCCCCGGAGCUCUUGGAGCAGAAACCCUACGGGAAGGCUGUGGAUGUGUGGGCCCUGGGUGUCAUUUCCUACAUCCUGCUGUGUGGGUACCCCCCCUUCUACGACGAGAGCGACCCUGAACUCUUCAGCCAGAUCCUGAGGGCCAGCUACGAGUUUGACUCUCCCUUUUGGGAUGACAUCUCAGAAUCAGCCAAAGACUUCAUUCGGCACCUUCUGGAGCGAGAUCCCCAGAAGAGGUUCACCUGCCAGCAAGCUUUACAGCAUCUUUGGAUCUCGGGGGAUGCGGCCUUUGACAAGGACAUCCUCGGCUCAGUCAGUGAGCAGAUCCAGAAGAAUUUUGCCCGGACCCACUGGAAGCGAGCAUUCAACGCCACCUCCUUCCUGCGCCACAUCCGCAAGCUGGGCCAGAGCCCCGAGGGCGAGGAGGCAUCAGAGCGGAGGCUGGCCCGCCACAGCCACCCUGGCCUCCAGUCUGGCCAGCCCCCCAAGUGGUGAUGCCCAGGCAGACGCUGUGGCCGAGUGCGUUGACUUGGUGGCCCCUUCCAGACCUCUUUCCCCACCCCCAAGACCCCGGGCUGGCCUCUGCUGGAAAGUUCGAGAUGUGUGGGUGUGGUGCACAGCACUGGGGCAGGAGUGGGACUCCCCUCUGCCCUCUGUGCCUAGGGGCUGAUGGGUUGUGUGCAUGGGGACGCACAGGGAUGCCCUCCACUGUUACCACCACACCCCCUCUAGGAACCAAGGCGGCUUCCAGGGGCAGUUCCUCCUGCACGCCGCUCUGUGCUUUGCUGACUGUGGUGGUCCCGCUUUGUGUCGUAGCCCUCCAGCCCCCCUCCAGUUUUCCCCGAAUCAAUAAAGACAGACAGAGCAAUGGGCCAAUAGUGAGCUGGAGGG